AAGAAAAUCUGAGGAUCCGGGUAACUUCUCAGGCCUUUUGCUUGGACUUCUCAACUUGAUUUGGGUGGUGCAGGUCUCUUUUCUCCAGAUCAUAUAGGAAUAAGCUGAGGCCUGGACCGGUCUUUCUGGAGGUGGUAGCUCAGGACUGGCUAGGAUUUCCGGGACAGGUUGAAUUUAGAGGGGAUGGUGGUGGUUUUUUGUUUUUUGGUUUUUUUUGGAGAUGGAGUCUCGCUCUGUCUCCCAUGCUGGAGUGCAGUGGCAUGAUCAUGGCUCACAGCAACUUCUGCCUCCUAGGUUCAAGCAAUUCUUGUGCCUCAGCCUCCCAAGUAGCUGGGACUAAAGGAGUGUGCCACCGGGCCUGGCUAAUUUUUGUAUUUUUAGUAGUGACGGGGUUUUGCCAUGUUGGCCAGGCUGGUCUUGAACUCCCAUCCUCAGGUGGUCCACCUGCCCCGGCCUUCCAAAGUGCUGGGAUUACAGGAAUGAGCCACUGCCCUGGUCGAAAGGAUGGUGUUCUGUGUUGAGGUCCUUCAUAAGCAAAGUCCCAGAGGCAGGUGUGAAUCUGGGCUUUUAGGCCUGACUGGAGUUAAGUGUGGAUGUUUGAGGGGGGGGGGUGUAGAUGUUGACCAAGUGGGGUAAGGAGGUGUGUGCAAAGUUGGUGGUCCUUCAGCGUCAGAUAUAUGUGUCAGAUGUGUGUCCAGGAUGCCCCACAUGCCAGCUUGCAGAGGGCUUCCUGUGCUGGGCUGGCAUGUGGUCCAGGAGUUGCCAUGUGCCAGCUGUGUGUUCGAGGCAUGCGGUCACAUGUGCUGUGGGCCGCACGUGAGUGUGUCAGUGUCUCCUCCCCAUCACGAGCAUCGGGGGUGGUGGUGAGUCACGGGCUCAGCCUUCGGCGCCAACUGUCAUGUUUCUUCCCCCCAAAUUUCACCCCCCACCCAGCCAUGCACCACCCACCCCCACUCCAAGAUCUGUGUCGCUUCUCUCUUCCAUCCCCCUGUCCUGCUCAGCUCCUUCUGAGAGGCUGCAGGGUGUUCCCUGGGAAGGAGUCUCCCACUUCUGGCUCUGCCCUCCAGCUUCCUCUCCUUGUCCCAUCCACCUUUCCCACUGCCUCUCUGCUCCUGUGACUAGAGAAUGAGGGCCCCUUCUCUCCACCCACUCAUCUCUGUGGGUCCCAAGGAUUUCUUUGUGCACUACAGGGAAUUCUCAUACUCACCACCCAUCCCCUCACCUCUAUAGGAGCUAUUUAUAUUGGGGGAGGCUUGCCCCACAUCUCCAGGCUGGCAGCUCCUGCCUCAGUGGCUCUCUUGUGUCUAUGAGCCACAUCCUUGUCUUUUUGGUACCCUGGUGUCUGUAGGCCUCCCUUGUUUCUGUGACCUUCUUCGGCUCUCCUUGGCUCUCUCCCUGCCCUGUGGACCGCUCCCCAUAUCUGAGGAGUGCUUUCUGUUUCCAGGGGCCUCUCUCUUGUGUCUCUGGCUUCUCCCAUUUUCCUUCGCGGGAGGUUUCUAUGUCCACAUUACUGCCCCUUGUCUCCGAGGUCCUUUUGCUUGUCUCUGUAGGCUGCUCCCUUGUCUCCAUGGGCCUUUCUUUCUUAUCCCUGGGCUUUUCCUGUCCUUGUCCUUGUGGGGUUUGUGGGCCUCGGCCCACUUCUCUGGACAGUCUUGACGGCUGUCUCUUUUCUCUUCAUUUCUCUUCAUCUCUGUAGCCCUCUCCCCUCAUCUCAGUGGCCUUCUCCCUGGGUCUUCUUGCCUCUCAUCUCUGUGGGCUCCUGUGCCCAGGGCUGCCUGGGCAGGGCGGUGGCAUGGUGUGGUAGAGGGGGUGGCUCAGGGGUGGGCCCUCCAUCCAAUGCAGCUCCUUCUUCUCAUCAGCAUUCUCCUCGUGGGGGGCCCCCAGCCCCAACCAAUACAGGCUCCCCCUCCCCCGACUCCCCUCCCUACUAGCUCUUUGCCUGCCUCCCUCCCUUCCUCCUGCCCGCCCUCCUCCCUGCCUCCCUCCCUCCCUCUUCUCUCUCUCCCGAACCACCCCCCCACGCUCCAGGACCCAGCGCAGGCGGCAGGCGGGCAGGCAGGCGGUGGCCUCGGAGGGGAGACUGAGCGGUGGCGGCAGCCAGCGGCGGGGAGGCAGGCCCAGCCGGGGACUGGAGCCGGCAGCGGCUUCUCCUCACAGGCGACCAGGAGUGUGUCGCCAGGCCCUCCCACUGAGGCCCACCACCGGGAGCCCCUGGGACACCCCACCCUCCUCCGCCUUUCUCUUCCACCUGCUCCUCUCCAUCCUCCUCUCCCUCCUCCCUAUCUCUCCACCUCAUUUGCCCCCUUCUCGGCCUCUCCGGGUCUCCCAGCUCUCCAUCCUCCCCAGCUCUCCACUCCCGGGCUCUCCCCGCCCCCAGCAUGCUUUUCCCGUGGGGGCUGAGGGCUUGAGGACUCCGGGCCCUUGCCUCAACCAGGGCAGGGCCCAGGCUCCAGGGGGGAGGGGGAAAGGGGGCGGCCCCCUCCCCCAGCAGGCCCUCCCCUCCCCCACUUCUCCUGAUGGCCGGCUUCCUUUUCUCCACCCAGUGCUCGCCCCCUGUGGCCCCCCCAGGCCGGCCCGGCUAGGGGAGGGGGCGGGGGCCCUUUCCUGGGCCAGCUUCCCCCUCCCCCGGCUUUGCUUGUGCCCCCCCCUUCCGUUUUCACCUUCCUCUCCUCCUUUCCUCCCUCCUUCCCAUCCAUUUGCUCCUUCCCCCUCUCCUCUCUCCCCUUCUCUCCUCCAUUUUCUCCUUUCCCCUUCCUCCCCUCCCCGGCCCGCCCUCUCCUCUUCCACCUGUCCUUCCUCCCUGCUCCUGUGGAGCCACCGUUUUGGAUUAGUUGGGAGCCACCACCGGCGGCGGGGGAGGGGGCCCUGUGGACUGCCCUCUCCCCCCGCCCAGCCCCACCGCCACCCAGCGCCAGAGCACCUCCCGCUGUCGGUCCUCGGGCCUCGAGGGAGCCCAGACCUCCGUCCCACCAGGAUCCGUGGCAAGUGGGGGCCGCGGCAGCUGCGUCCCCAUGAGGAGGGGAGGAAGAUGCCGGCUGAGCUGCUGCUGCUGCUGAUUGUUGCCUUCGCCAGCCCCAGCUGCCAGGUGCUCUCAUCACUGCGCAUGGCUGCAAUCCUGGAUGAUCAGACAGUGUGUGGCCGCGGCGAGCGUCUGGCCUUGGCCUUGGCCCGGGAGCAGAUCAACGGGAUCAUCGAGGUCCCAGCCAAGGCCCGAGUGGAAGUAGACAUCUUUGAGCUGCAGCGGGACAGCCAGUACGAGACCACGGACACCAUGUGUCAGAUCUUACCCAAAGGGGUUGUGUCUGUCCUUGGGCCCUCCUCUAGCCCAGCAUCUGCCUCCACCGUGAGCCAUAUCUGUGGAGAGAAGGAGAUCCCCCACAUCAAGGUGGGUCCCGAGGAGACACCCCGCCUUCAGUACCUUCGCUUCGCGUCUGUCAGCCUGUACCCCAGUAACGAGGAUGUCAGCUUGGCGGUCUCCCGAAUCCUCAAGUCCUUCAACUACCCCUCGGCCAGCCUCAUCUGCGCCAAGGCUGAGUGCCUGCUGCGAUUGGAGGAACUGGUGCGUGGCUUCCUCAUCUCCAAGGAGACGCUGUCAGUGAGGAUGUUGGACGACAGCCGGGACCCCACACCACUGCUCAAGGAGAUCCGUGAUGACAAGGUGUCCACCAUCAUCAUUGACGCCAACGCCUCCAUCUCCCACCUCAUCCUCCGUAAGGCCUCGGAACUGGGAAUGACCUCAGCGUUUUACAAGUACAUCCUCACCACCAUGGACUUCCCCAUCCUGCAUCUGGACGGUAUUGUGGAGGACUCCUCCAACAUCCUGGGCUUCUCCAUGUUCAACACGUCCCACCCCUUCUACCCUGAGUUUGUCCGCAGCCUCAACAUGUCCUGGAGGGAGAACUGUGAAGCCAGCACCUACCCAGGCCCUGCGCUGUCAGCUGCCCUGAUGUUUGACGCCGUGCACGUGGUGGUGAGCGCUGUCCGAGAGCUGAACCGCAGCCAGGAGAUUGGUGUGAAGCCUCUGGCCUGUACAUCGGCCAACAUUUGGCCCCACGGGACCAGCCUCAUGAACUACCUGCGCAUGGUAGAGUAUGAUGGGCUGACCGGGCGGGUUGAGUUCAACAGCAAAGGGCAGAGAACCAACUACACCCUGCGCAUCCUAGAAAAGUCCCGGCAGGGCCACCGUGAGAUUGGGGUGUGGUACUCUAACCGCACCCUGGCCAUGAAUGCCACCACCCUGGACAUCAACCUGUCGCAGACACUGGCCAACAAGACCCUGGUGGUCACAACCAUCCUGGAGAACCCAUACGUCAUGCGCCGGCCCAACUUCCAGGCCCUGUCGGGGAAUGAACGCUUCGAGGGCUUCUGCGUGGACAUGCUGCGGGAGCUGGCCGAGCUGCUGCGCUUCCGCUACCGCCUGCGGUUGGUGGAGGAUGGGCUGUACGGGGCGCCCGAGCCCAACGGCUCCUGGACGGGCAUGGUUGGCGAGCUCAUCAACCGGCAGAAGGCAGACCUGGCUGUGGCCGCCUUCACCAUCACAGCUGAGCGGGAGAAGGUCAUCGACUUUUCCAAGCCCUUUAUGACCCUGGGGAUCAGCAUCCUCUACCGAGUGCACAUGGGCCGCAAGCCUGGCUACUUCUCCUUCCUGGACCCCUUCUCCCCUGCUGUGUGGCUCUUCAUGCUUCUUGCCUACCUGGCUGUCAGCUGCGUCCUGUUUCUGGCUGCCAGGCUGAGCCCCUAUGAGUGGUAUAACCCGCACCCGUGCCUGCGGGCACGCCCCCACAUCCUGGAGAACCAGUACACGCUGGGCAACAGCCUGUGGUUUCCUGUGGGGGGCUUCAUGCAGCAGGGCUCGGAGAUCAUGCCCCGGGCGCUGUCCACGCGCUGUGUCAGCGGAGUCUGGUGGGCCUUCACCUUGAUCAUCAUCUCCUCCUACACGGCCAACCUGGCCGCCUUCCUCACCGUGCAGCGCAUGGAGGUGCCUGUGGAGUCGGCCGAUGACCUGGCAGAUCAGACCAACAUCGAGUAUGGCACCAUCCACGCCGGCUCCACCAUGACCUUCUUCCAGAAUUCACGGUACCAAACGUACCAGCGCAUGUGGAACUACAUGCAGUCGAAGCAGCCCAGCGUGUUCGUCAAGAGCACAGAAGAGGGCAUUGCCCGCGUCCUCAACUCCCGCUACGCCUUCCUGCUCGAGUCCACCAUGAACGAGUACCACCGGCGCCUCAACUGCAACCUCACCCAGAUCGGGGGACUCCUCGACACCAAGGGCUACGGCAUCGGCAUGCCACUGGGCUCCCCAUUCCGGGAUGAGAUCACACUGGCCAUCCUGCAGCUUCAGGAGAACAACCGGCUGGAGAUCCUGAAGCGCAAGUGGUGGGAGGGGGGCCGGUGCCCCAAGGAGGAGGACCAUCGAGCUAAAGGUUUGGGCAUGGAGAACAUUGGCGGCAUUUUUGUCGUGCUCAUCUGUGGCCUCAUCAUUGCUGUCUUCGUGGCGGUCAUGGAAUUCAUAUGGUCCACACGGAGGUCAGCUGAGUCCGAGGAGGUGUCGGUGUGCCAGGAGAUGCUGCAGGAGCUGCGCCACGCCGUUUCUUGCCGCAAGACGUCGCGUUCCCGCCGGCGCCGACGCCCGGGCGGCCCGAGCCGGGCCCUGCUGUCACUGCGCGCGGUCCGCGAGAUGCGCCUCAGCAACGGCAAGCUCUACUCGGCCGGCGCGGGCGGGGAUGCGGGCAGCGCGCACGGGGGCCCGCAGCGCCUCCUGGACGACCCGGGGCCCCCCAGCGGAGCCCGACCCGCCGCCCCCACCCCCUGCACCCACGUGCGCGUCUGCCAGGAGUGCCGGCGCAUCCAGGCGCUGCGGGCCUCGGGGGCCGGCGCGCCUCCGCGUGGCCUGGGCGCCCCCGCAGAAGCCACCAGCCCGCCCCGGCCGCGGCCUGGCCCCGCCGGCCCCCGGGAGCUGGCGGAGCACGAGUGACCACGGGCGGGGCUGUGCGGGCGCCCGGACUGACCGAAGGGACGGGGCCCGCCCCAGGCCCCAGCAGUCUCCGCUCCCGCAGCGGGCGCGGGACAGGACUUGUGCGCCGGCGCCCCGGACGCCGCGAUUUUGCCUUUGGUUCCCCGUGAAGUCCGAGGCCUGGCUCUGGAGCCCGCCUGCGCCCCCCAGUGGACUCGCGAGAGGGUGCCGCGGGCGAGAAGGGCGCAGGAACCGAGGACUCCAGGGGCUGGGGACUUCGGGGGCGGCUCUGGGAAGCGGAAAGCAGUCAGCGGAGAGGACCCCAUUCUGGGACUGCUCAGGCUCCCCAAGACUUGACGCAGCCCCCCACGCUUCUGGAGGUGGGGAGGGCCUCUGGACAGAUGGGUGUCCCCUGGUGCCCCUCCACUCUUCUCUUCCUCUCUUUUUUGGGGGGAGAAACCUCGGAAUUUCUAUGAGACCUCCCCCAGGGAGGGGGUCAGUUGGGCCCCCAUCCCUUCCCUUGCCACAUCGCAGCCCCUGUUGGAAUAAAAAAAAGAACAAAACCCCAGAACUGGG